AUGAAGUGGCUGGUGUUAGCUUUGGCGUGUGCCGUUCCGGCGUUUGCAAAGUCCCCGACUGACCUGUAUGCCCCAGGCGAAAUCGACUGUCCUUCUGGCAGUCUUGUGAGAGGAUCCCAGAACAUCAGUGAAUGGGAGGCCGAUUGGAUCGAAGAACGCAACAAAAUCACCGACAACAACCUCCGGUACUUCCUCAGUGAGCUGAACAUGACCGACUUUGACGCGGACGAGUUCUUGUCCAACACCACCGACGGCAGAUCCAUCAAGAUCGGUGUGGCCUUUUCCGGUGGUGGUUACAGAGCCAUGUUGGCUGGUGCUGGUGAAAUGGCGGCUUUGGACAACAGAACCAGAGGUGCCAACGAAAAGGGUUUGGGCGGUUUGCUCCAGGCGUCCACCUACCUCACGGGUUUGUCGGGAGGUAACUGGUUGGUGGGUACCAUUGUGGUGAACAACUUCACCUCGGUCCAGGACAUCAUUGAUGAAAACGAGCUCUGGAACUUGAAGCACUCCAUCGUCAACAUGGGCGGUUGGAACCCCAUCAAGAUUUACAACUAUUAUAAGGACUUGGGCGACACCGUGGGUGAUAAGCAGGAUGCUGGCUAUGAAACGUCCUUGACGGAUACAUGGGCCAGAGCCUUGUCCCACCAGUUUUUCACCGAGGACUCUGGCUACGGCGCCUCUUUGUUGUGGUCUGAUAUCCAGGAUAUGAACGCCUUCUCCAACCACGAAAUGCCUUUCCCUAUUGUUGUUGCCAACGGUAGAACUCCAGGCACCGAGGUGAUCUCCGCCAACUCCACCGUUUUCGAAGUGAGUCCUUAUGAAAUCGGUUCCUGGGAUCCUUCAUUGCAGUCCUUCUACCAGACAAAGUACCUUGGAACCAAAGCCAAGGAAGGUGAGAACAACGGUACUUGUGUGGGUGGAUAUGACAAUGCCGGUUUCAUCAUGGGCACUUCCUCCUCCUUGUUCAACCAAUUCGUUCUUCAGAUCAACACGACUUCUUUAUCCAGCGCGAUCAAGUCGCUUGUCAGCUCGCUUCUCAAAAAGGUCUCCCACGAGGAGGAUGACAUUGCUGUCUAUCAACCAAACCCCUUCUACGACGUCAGCAAUGCCACCUACAGAAGCAUUGUCAAGAAUGACACUUUGUACUUGGUGGACGGUGGAGAGGAUGGCCAGAACGUGCCAUUGUACCCACUCAUUCAGCCUGUCCGUGACGUGGAUGUCAUUUUCGCUUAUGACAAUUCUGCAGACACUGACGCCUCGUGGCCUGCUGGUCUUUCGUUGAUCAAGACGUAUGAGAGACAGUUUGAGAAACAAGGUAACGGCUCUAUCUUCCCAUACGUUCCUGACUCGAAUUCCUUCAUUAACCUUAACCUCACAGCCCGUCCAGCAUUUUUUGGCUGUGAUGCUAAAAACUUGACUUCGUUGCUUGACGAUGACAUGGAAGAGGACGACAUCUACAAGUCGCCUUUGAUUGUGUACACCGCUAACAGACCUUUCACAUACUAUUCCAACAGAAGCACAUUCAAGCUUUCUUAUGAGCAGGCUGAAAAAGUUGGCAUGAUCAAGAACGGUUUUGAAGUGGCCUCCCGUUUGAACUCCUCUCUUGACGAUGAGUGGAGAGCUUGUGUGGGUUGUGCCAUCAUUAGAAGAGAGCAAGAGAGACAGGGCAUUGAGCAGCUGGACCAGUGCAAAGAGUGUUUCCAGCAAUACUGUUGGGACGGAUCUUUGGACGACCGUCAACCUUACGUCAACUUCACCACCGAAGGUACCACGAACGGAACCGAGGAUAACGGCAACAGAACCGUCAGUGGAGCUGUCUCUCUUUUCGCAGCCAAUGGUGGCAGCUUCGAAUGGCUCAAGCCUGUGGGCUAUGCCGUUCUUGUGGCCCUUGCGUUCUCCAUCAAUAUCUAG